AUGUGUUCAUUCAUUUAUACAUUUACACCAAUUUUAACGGUUCAUUUUAAUCAUAUCGGUUUAAAAGCAAGAUUUGAUGUUGAAAUGAAUGGAGAUAUUAAUUGUAAAGAAGAUAAUGAUACUACUAGUGAUUCAUUUGAUACCAUUCCUUCAGUUAGAAGUUUAAACGAUGCAAAAGGACAAAAAUAUUCUAUUAGUUCUAAGAAUGCUGCAGUAGGAUCUUGGUAUAUGAUCACUAUAGGCUUCUUAACAUUAGGUUAUGCUGUCUUUUAUAUUAUCAUCUUUAUCACACCUCCAUUUGUACCUUAUCAUCCGAUUACCAAUUCGGUGGAUUUUAUACUUCGAGCCAUUUAUUUGGGAGUUUACGGCAUACCUCCAACAAAAGGGUUAUUGAACUGGGUAGCAAAAAAUGUAUUAGGAAUUAAAGGAAUUUUAACAUCAUUCAAAGCAACUGAACAUACUAGUGAACAGAGUGAUUCAUAA